UACAGCUACCAGCAGCCUCUGCUCUAAUUGAAUGGAUUUACUCCAUGCAGGCAGGUAGAGACCCCUGAGCUUAAGACACACACACAAAAAAUACAAACCUCAAACAAAAUAAUAUCAGAGCAAAACCCAAGCACAAAGGAUCUGUACAGUGACCACGCAGCAAUCAAGGCCAACUUCCCCUUUCUGCUAACAACAAUAAAAGCGGCUGAGGAAUCUGGCAGAUCAGGAACCGUUCCCCCACCCUGUUGUACAGCUCUGUGUUGCUCAAGCCUUCCCCCUGCUUCAUUUUUUUUCUGGGAUUGCUAGAAAUGAGUCAAGACAACAGUCUUUGUAGAGAAUGAUACCGGAGCUUCAAGAGGAGCCCGGCACCGCCCCCGGGACUACCCACUAAACAGUACCACCCUUUAUAACGUUCCCUCCCGGGAUGGACGGCCGGGAGUUUGUCCCCCCUCCUCACUUGAGUCACCGUGGACCUGGCCGGAUGAACCCGCCUGCAGGCCACAGUGCGGUGCAGCACCCAGGACACUUCCAGGCCACCAAGUACUUUUCCUCCCCCCUCCCAAUGGCGACCCACACUGCCAGCACCGGUUUGAUGGCGAACUCCUCACCCUCUUUUAUGGGAAGUUUUCUGAGCAGCAGCCUGGGCUCUGCUGCAGCAUCAGCCCACCCGGCGGCCGCAUCCUCCUCCCCAUCCGAAACCACCUACAGGGGACCGCAUGGGGCUGGUGCCUCCCAGAUCUGGUUCUCUCACUCCCAUGAAGGUUAUCCUCGUUUUUCCACUUUUCUACCCAUGAGCCACUUAGACCACGGAAACAGCAAUGUUUUAUAUGGACAACAUCGCUUCUACGAGUCCCAAAAAGAUAAUUUCUAUUUGCGGAACCUUCCAGCACAACCCACCCUCCUGUCAGCCAACCAUAAUUUUCCCAGCAUUGCACGGGCAGCUCCAGGUCAUCCCAUUGGCUCUUGCAGUCGUGACAGAGAGAACAGCCACAUGCAGAAGGCAUCUAAAGACAAUGACCGUUAUCUGGGUGGUUCAGAUUUAAACAAGGAAAAGAUGGUGAAAGGGGACCUGAAAGAGAGGCACUUGGAGGAGGAGGUCAAGGAGAGACAGAAAAUGGUAUUGCCCAUUUCUAUGGACAGCCACUGUAAAGAGGAUAUGCACCAGAGAGUAUCGUGUGAGAACCGGACCAAGCAUCUAAACUCUUGCCUAAUGACCUCAAAGGUGCUCAAUGGGGACCCUAGCAAAGCCUUGCUGUCGAGCUGCACUGUUGGGGCAGGGAUGCCUCGUCAAAGUAGCCAGAAUCGAUGUGCCAAAGAGAUGAGAGCCGACAGGUCAUAUCCCCAGCACGAGCCCCAGCAACCUUACAGCGAGUGCCUAGAGAGGAGGCAAAUGCUUCACCACUCUGUGUCAUACACUGUCCCAUCCAGUCUCCCCAGCAUUCCUGCUCCACUUAACACCUCCACUGGCUCAUUCCCCUGUCUGCAACUUCAUUCCAACUCAGACGUUGUAUGCUCUUUGCAGGAUAAAUCCGGCAGGGAGCUAAAGAUGGGCAGGCCCACGUUCGUGCCUUCCGUGGGGCACUUCACCGACAAAAGCCGGCCUUUUCAGGUGACCCCGGAGAGCUGCCAUAUGGACAGAGGAGGCGAUGGAAAGGACAAGAGCCACGAAAUGAACUCUAAUUCCCACCCUCCUGGGUCUUACUCUAAUACAUUCUCCCACUUAAAAGCCGAGGCUAAAGGGGAGAGGCGGUCAGAGUGGCCACAGAACACAGCCGCAAGGAUCAAAAACCUGGAAUUUUUAAACAGCUUAAGUUCAGAGACUGCUAUGCAGAGGGGCAUUGAUAAGACUGCAUACUUUGAGAUGCCCACAUCACAAGACUGUCCCCGUUCUAAUAACCAGGAUGCACAUUGUGUAAAAAACAGUCAGUCCUGUUGCACUUUAGACAGGUCCUCCAAGGACUCUCAGGUGCACAGUUCUCAAAAGGUUGCAAGAAUACGCCACCAGCAGCACAGGCCAUCUGACAUGGAGCAUAGUAGUCAAGAAGGAAAAAGGAAAACCAUCGAACUAAGCUCAUUGGGCUACAGUGGUCCUCAUCUGCCACCAUGGACAGAACCCUCAAUUUCAAUCGGUGAGGAUAGAAAGAACUCUUACCUUGACCCCUUCAGCACAAGUUUACAACAGGCUGCUCUCAUGACUCCUGGCCCUGCUCUGAGCCAAGAGAUGCAAGGCCCAACAGAUGAGGUAUCUGCCAUGAAAAACCUUCUAAAAUACAGCAACCAAGCACUUAUUGUUGGACAGAGAACCCCCUUUGUGGGGUUGGGGAAUAUGAAGACCAGCUGUUCCCAUCAAGAAAUUAAAUUCCAUGGAAACAACAAGUGCCAGCCAGAGCAAGAGAGAAUGGACUGUGCCAGAAGUAGAGAAAACGAGACGUCUCAUGGGGAAGGGGAAGUCCGACAACCCCCUGUUGGCAUUGCAGUGGCGGUAGCACGUCAGAAAGACACCAGCAGCCGACAUGAUUAUGGUUCUGGUUCAAGUCGACAAAGAAAUAACGUAGGACAGAAAGCAGGCUCUGGCCGAUCAAUGCAUGUGAUUGACCUGGAUGCAGAAGAAGACAGGAGUCGUCUUUGUGAUGAGAGGCUGGGCAUCCCCAGCAGAGAUCUUCUAAUGCAAGAAAACAAGGACCUGGUUGAGUUUGCCAGAAUCCAUCCUUCCAGUGGUUGCCCAGGAGAUCUUACCCCUCAUCUUAUGAUAGCAGGUGGUUCCUCUCUCCAAGCUAGCCAAUUAGGAGCUGAUCCUACACAACAUACUCACCCAACCCACCCACAUUGGCUGCCCAGAACAAGGAGCCCCUCUAUUUGGAUGGGUGGCCAUUCCUACGGUAUUGGCCACCCAGCUCUACACCAGAACCUACCCCCAGGAUUUCCCCCUUCUAUGCCCAGUGCCAUGCAACCAGUAUUUCCCCUACCACAGGAACCUCCUGCCCAGCUGGUCAUUCUACCUCCGGAGCCCUCUCCCCACAAUGCUCCACACACUCUUGCUGAUGUCAUGGAUCAAGCUUCUCUGUGGCCACCCAUGUAUCCUGGCCGAGGACCCACCUCUCACCUCCAGCACCCAGGACAGCUCCCAGUCUACUCACGGUCGCAGUUUCUACGGCAACAGGAGCUUUAUGCUCUGCAACAGCAAAGAGCAGCACAAGCUCUGGAGCUUCAGAGGCAAAGCCACCUUCAGCGGAAAUCUGAAGAUCAUCUGCCAGAGGCUGGAGACCCACCAGAGAAGGUCCUAAAGUCCCACAAUAAAGCUGAUGCCUUAAAUACUUCCAAGAGUCAGACACCACCCAGCCUGCUACUGCCUCCUCCUUCAGCCCCUGCACCACCCAAGCUGUCUCCCUGCUCUCAUUCUCCUGCUCUACGGCCUCCGUCCAAAUGCCCCACACCCCGGCCACUGGCCCAAUGCACUUUACCGGCCUGCCCUGAUGGCAGCUCUGUCUUGGUGCCCAGCUCUCCAGCUGUCAGCCCUGUGCCCGUGCAAAGCUCUAAGGGAAAAGAGGGAGAAGAUAGAAGGGGGGAAGGGCAACCCCCCAGAGACUAUCCCAAAUCACUGGAACCAGAUCUGCCUCCUGGAUACACCUACCCAGAUGUUGUCCAAUCCUAUACCUCUCCAUCUUCCCAUCAUGUGCACUCUGCAGAUCCUGCUGAUCCUGAAACUAUGCAAACUGCAUCAACUGCGGCAGAACCUGAGCAGUCCAGGACGUUUACCCCUACCAAGAAAUCCCUCUGUGACACACCAGUUGCAGGGGUCUCAUUGGAUAUUAACCAGGAGUUGCCUCGCUUAGGGGAGACAGACCUAACGGAGAUAUGUAGCCAGGAGUCCCAGGUCCCAAAGUUCCAGGAGUGUCAGGAAUCUGAGGCCAGCAGGAGUUUUGAUGAGCCUGUUGAGAAUGGGAAAGAGAGAGAAGUUCUAGAGUCUAAAAACCUGGAAACAGAUGAAAGAAAGGAACCAGGUGGUGAUGGUUGUGUCUUUGAGUGCACAUCAGCUGGGCAGUUGCCAAACAUUUCUAAGGGGCCACCUGAGGCUCCAGUGACUGUAGGGGAACCUGAUAACAACUCUAGCGAUGUAAGUCAGACUUUGUUACACAAUGUCAGUGAUGACCUGGACUUGGUUGAUACACAGAUGGCAGAUGAUGAGCAUUUUACUCCUUCCCUACCUUGCUCCCCAGCUCUAAUUGACCACCAAGAGUCUAUAUACAGUCUGGACACUCUUAUAGCGGCCAGUAUCUCCUUGGGAGAACUCCCCUCAAUCCUUGAAGAAGGGAAUGUGUUUACUGUUACCAACUCUUCAACCUUCCCCUCAAGCUCAGGUAUUCAUGGGAUUGCUCUGCUCAGCGAGCUAGCAGACCUUGCUCUGCAGGAUCAGCUAAAAGUUUCAAAAGCCAGUGAAGAUGAUUUAAUGGUCUCUGAUCUUCAAGUUUUUGCUACCAUUGCUGUUGCCUGGUCUCUGGCCGAGGCUGAUAGCCUGCAAGGUGCUAAACCAACCUGUCCUCUUUCCUGUUGCCCGAACACCACACCCCGUGUCCGGCUAUCCCGCCGCACAUUCAGUUGGACACCGAAAACAAAACCAGUCUGUCCACUGAAGGCUGCCAUUGACCACUUGGAUACACAGGAGGUGGACAUGCGAAUGAAGCUUGCUGAAAUCCAGAGGCGUUAUAAGGAGAAGCAGAGGGAGCUGGUGAAACUGCAACGGCGACACGACCAUGAAAAGGAGGAGAGCUCAAGAAGCCCAGUCCGACGGGGGCCGGGAAGGCCGAGAAAACGCCCACACUGCCGUGCUCCUUCCUCACAUCGGCUGUAUGAUACUAAAAAAAGCAAAUCUUUAAAUAGAAGCUUGAGUCUACUGUGUGCUGAGCUACGGGGCGAUGGGGGGCCCAAAAAGAAGAAGCGUAAAAUGUCGGAGGAAAGUUAUAGCGAUCAGGACCACUCGCACAGAGAGGUUAAGGUGCAUUGUAAGAAGAUGGUGUGCCCUCAGAACAAGCUGGUAUCCAAACUGGCACGGAAGGUUUCUCAGUUGAAGAGCAAGGCACUGGGAUCUAGCACCAGCACUUUCCACCAUAAGGAAGUUCUUCCAACUAGCAAGAUGCAGAAGAAACUGCCGCACCACCGAGUAUCAUGUCUAAAGGUCAAGGAAGGAGCUGAAAGGAAAGGGCAGGAGAGACCCAGGCCAGCUGUUAAUUUGGAUGGAGCUGGGGAAGCAGAUGAAGACCAUGAUGAGGACUCGGACAGUGAAGAUGGGGAGCAGGAUCUCCCCGGAAUGUUAAACCAUGAGGCUAGCUUAUCUCUUAAUGCUCCUGGUAACUCCUCACUGGUGGGUCCUUCUGCAUCUGCAGUAGUGAAGAUGGAAGCCAACCAAAAAGCAAAAAAGAAAAUUGAGAGACAGGGACUACUAGGUUCAUGCUGCGCUGCCAAUCCCGAGAGUGAAGUCAAGGUCCGCAAGCGUUCUGCUAAGCUGGAAGCUAGAUCUCAUCCUGACAAACCUUUGAAGAAGAAGUCCUUGAGCCACAAGGAAAAACCUGAAGGGAACAUAAGGCAUAGAAUGCAAUCUGACACACGGGCUUUAACACCCAACAAGAGCUUGUUCUGCACUGCUAACCAAGGACUAAAGAAAGACAAAAGUAAAAACAUCCAGAGAAAGAAUGGAGUCCUGAGCCUUUCCCUGACCACCCGUUCCCCCAAGAAUCUUCUGAAAGAUGGGAUAAAGAUUGAGAAAAUGAAGUCUAAACAGGAGCGAGGACGUGCGGUCAGUAGACUCCUGCAGAGCUUUGCUGUAGAAGAUGACUUCCAGUUUGAUGAUAACAGCAGUUUUUCGGAAGGAGAGGAGGAGGCUAGCUCUACAGGCAAGAACAAAGCUCACAUCUGCUCCCUCUCCAAGGUGGAUCUGAGGGAAGGGUUACAUGUUCUGAUACCAAAAGAGGACAAUUUACUGUAUGCAGCCAGUAUUAGGAGUCUACAACCACCUGAUAUAUACAGUGUUGUGAUAGAAGGCGAGAGAGGAAACCGACCUCGUGUUUACUCCCAGGAGCAACUGCUGCAGGAAGCUGUGGUGGAUGUGAGGCCUCAGUCCAAACGUUGCGUUCCACUUGGGACACGAGUCUGUGCCUACUGGAGCCAGAAAUCACGCUGCCUGUACCCAGGGAACGUGGUGAGAGGUACGAAGCAAUCUGAAAUGGUUACUAGGGAAGGUUCCUCCAGUGAUGAAGGAGAGUCUGACUCUGUGACUGUUGCAUUUGACGAUGGCGAUCGGGGAAGAAUCUCACUGAACAACAUUCGCUUGUUGCCUCCUGACUUCACCAUCCAGUGUACAGAACCCUCCCCUGCUCUUCUGUUGUCGGCAGAAAGUCGCAGGACUAAGCGCUUUUCCAGUAAUACCACCUCUGCAUCAGAGUCCUCUCAGAACCCAGGCCCUGACAGCAGAGAGGCGGCAGAGACCUCUAGGAACAGUGGGAGGAAAGCAUCGAGCAAAGAAAAAACAGAUAAAAUGGAUGUAUUCAACUCAGGUGCAAAGACUCCGCUGCCUGCCACCAACUUUCUAGGCCGCUCAGCAAGUGUGGAAUUAAUGGUCUGGCCUGCUCAAGGCAAGCGCAGAGCUGGGAACAAGACUAGUGGGCUUCAUGAUCCCUUCCAGUCACAAGGGAGUGUCAAGAAACAAAAGUGCCGUGAGCAGCCUCAUGUAUUUGGUAAUGGCUUUGGUGCGGAUUCCUUCAGCAGUUUGGCCAACUCGUACAGUCCCUUCGGGGGCAGUGCCAGUACUGGGAUUACAACUGGGCAGAAGCCUGUACGGACAAAGAGAGGAGAGAGGCCAGAGGAGGAAGAAAAGGGGAAAGUGGGUAAACGGAAGGCAAAUGAGUUUUUAGUGAAACUUGAUCAUGAGGGAGUUAUGUCCCCCAAGACAAAAAAUGGUAAAGCUCUCCUGCUGUGUGAUAAAGACUUUGGGCUUCGUAUUGGACAGAGCUACAGUUCUGCAUCAGGACUGACGAAGGACAAGAAGCGAAAGCCACCGUUACAUGACCACCUACCCAUGGGCUUAACGCUUGGAAAGUACACUGGGCAAGGAGAGUAUGGUGUGAACUGUGACAGUGACUGCUCAUACUCUGACCAUGAUGAAAAUGAGGGGGGUCUACGGGCCAGUGUUCCAUCAAGAUUUCUGGCAGGACUAUCUGUUUCUUCCUCUUCCUCUGGGUCGUCUUCAUCUUCUAGCUCUGGAUCAAUGUCCAGUUCUAGUAUUUGCUCUACAGACAAUGAGGAUUCAUCAGAGAGUUCAGAUGAAGUGGACUCUACCAUGCUCCUACAGCCCUGCCUCACACACCCUGUACCUUCUUUGCUGACACAACACACGGAGGAGAGUGGUCAAAGCUCCCGGGGGUGCUUUGUUUCAGGACAGAAAGCGAAACAGAGGAGGAAAGGGACCCCUUCAAACUUUCCUAAAACCAAAGAGUCCAUACCUAGACAGCAACGCCUGCCCUCGGUAGAAAAUCGGCCAAAGAUUUCUGCCUUUCUCCCUGCACGCCAGCUCUGGAAAUGGUCUGGAGAGCCUACACAGAGGCGGGGAAUGAAAGGGAAAGCCAGAAAACUCUUCUACAAGUCGAUAGUUCGGGGAAAGGAGAAUCUGCACGUGGGGGAAUGUGCCGUUUUCCUGUCUGCCGGACGCCCAAACUUGCCCUAUAUUGGACGCAUUGAGAGCAUGUGGGAGUCCUGGGGCGGCAACAUGGUGGUUAAAGUGAAAUGGUUUUACCAUCCUGAAGAAACAAAGUUGGGCAAGAGGCACAGCGAUGGCAAGAACGCGUUGUACCAGUCAUCCCAUGAGGAUGAGAAUGACGUACAGACAAUCUCACACAAGUGCCAGGUGGUGAGCCGCCAGCAGUAUGAUAAGAUGAGCCACAGCAAGCGCUACCAGGACCGGCAAAACCUCUACUACCUGGCAGGGACCUAUGACCCAGGAACUGGGCGGCUGGUGACUGCAGAGGGUGUGCCAGUGCUAUGCUGAAAUGCCACCAGGAGUUAGCUGGGGGAGGGUACCACUUUCUAAACAGCACUUCUUACAGCAGUACGUUGCAGGCUCACAGGUAGCAUGUACAAAUCCAGAAACUUAUACACUAAAACCUUACACGACAGACGCAGUCAUGGAAACUGAUACGCACAAAUCCCAGCCACCUAAACAUGCAGUGUGUGUAAUUACAUACACUAGUACAGGAGUGACUCGUAUAGGUAGAUCUGCUCCCGAAGAGAGACAAGGUUACACAUUUCUGAAAACGUUUCAUACCGCCAUGCUGCAUGAGCCAGUUGGGACACCCUGCACUACAGGGGAGCUGUGACAUGGGAAAUCUGAGCAUCUCUUCCUUUUCUAUUUUUUUUUGUUAACCCAGACCUCUGUUCGCACAAAGCACAUUUAAUGCUUGCCCUAAACGCCACUCAGUAGUUCAUCAAACAGUGUGACUAACCUGAUCACACAUGGCAGAAAGGCCAAAUUGCACAGAUCCAGAGUCUGGAUAAAUGAGGGAUCAUUUUAUUCAUGGUGUAGGAUGAGGUCAUGUGUUAUGCUGGACAAAAUUGGUAAAACAAAAACACAUUGAUCACGUGGUCGACGUACGAUCAGUCCCUUUCACACAGACCUACAAAGUGACACUCUUUAAAGUCAGUGAAGCCUCUAACACUCUGUGGACUACCCAAUACCAUAAGAGCAAUGUAAAACAGACCUGCUGAUACCAGAAGGGCUACAAGCAUUGAUGUUAGGGAAGUCCUUAAUUUGAUACAUGUCCUAGGUAAAUGUCUGCUUAUACAGCCUACAGUAUUAUAUAUCUGUUGAAACCUCAGAAAACACAGCUGCCGUCGGGUGGUAUACCGUAGCACUUCAAAACACUACAGAAAAACCAGGACCUAACCUUCUAUAGAAACUAUUAGAAAAAACCAUAGGGUAUUUAUUUCCAUUUUAUGGCGCUAAUCAGUCUUCUCCGAAAACAUGCUGAGACUGUGUGCCCUAAAUGGCUUAACCAAGAGCCCAGACACAAGGACUAUGUAAACUGCUGUAAAUCCAUUCACAAUCAAAAUGUACUCAACUUAUGUUUAAUUCUGAGAUGCAAGUAUCAAACUCAAUAUUUCCUAGCAAAAUUGCUCCAUCCAUUUUAACACCAGUUUGUUUGUUUUUUUGUUUUUGUAAUUUUCUUUUUCUGUGUUUUUUAUUUGUAUUCUUUCUAAUUUAUGGUCAACAGCCUCAAGUUUCAAGCCAUAUUCUCCCCAGUACCUCUUAACAGCUUUUCUUCCUGAAAGGCAGGAUCAGGUGUAAUAAUUAUCUAUUUAUUCACUAUGUAAAUAUGGAAUUUCUUUUGGAAAGUUUUUAUUAACAAAACAAAAACAGAAAAAAAAACCUUUAAAAAAAAAACUACAACUAAAAUCAAUGGGAAAAAAAAUACCCCCUUAUUUUGCUGUCGCUAAAAAAAAAAAUAUAAAAAUAUAAAUUAUGCACUGUGUCCUAUGGCAAGGCUGGGAAUAUUAGGAAUUAUGUAUAAUUUGUAAUUAUAAUGGGGGAUACAGAGAAUAAAAGCACUUGGGAACUAGGCAGGGACUUGAAGUGGGCAAUGAGAGACAAUUUAAGUAUCUAAAAAAAAUUGUCACAUUUAAAUGCUUUUAUUGUUUAAAAAAAACAAACACCAAAUUCCUGGAAAUAUGUAUAUAGAUUGUCUGAAAUAUUUUUUUUGUGUUUAAGACAUUUUUUAAGGAAAAAGUUAAAAGAAAAUGUAUUGGGAAUGUCAAUAUGGUCCGAUGGAAUAAAAAAGGAAAAUAUUCUAUAAAUAUAUAUUAUAUAAAUCAAG